AUGAUCAUUCUGGCUACUCGACAGGCCAACGCGGCCGCACGUCGUGCAUUCCACACGAGCAGCGUGGCUAGUUCUGGCUUCUUUGUGCGUCCCGCCAACGCACCCACGUCGUCCAACUCGCCCUCGCCCUCGGCACCGCAGCCCAGGCUGGUUCGGCCAGUAGCACAACCGCACACCCCGCCGCAUGUUCCCGCCGAGCAGGCGCCCAAUUUCCCCACAACUUGGUCCGAGUCGCAAAACCCAAGACAGAAUGCGAUGAAGGGCCCACGCUUCGAGCAGUUCGACAUGCGCUUCCAACCUCAGCCGCUCGCGGCCAUCGAGAUGAUCCAGAGGGAGCCCAUUCGUCUCUCGAGCAAGCGCAUCGCUGCAUGCGACGGUGGAGGCGGUCCGCUCGGUCACCCCAAGGUGUUCAUCAACCUGGACAAGCCCGGCCCCAAGGCCUGCCCGUACUGCGGAAUCCGAUUCGAGUUCGACCACUCCGCCGCCCACCACUAG